AUGACAUCUUUGCGUCAGAUAUCAUGCAACGUGUGUGCUAGUAAAGUUUGGAGUCAAGACAAGAUGGGGGAACAAGGAGUAGAUGGCUUCAAUUUGGACGGAAUUCUUAGUGAGCUCGGAAGCUUUGGGAAAUAUCAGCUGCUGCUUCUACUGCUCCUGGGUUUCCGUGACUCGUUCCUUAACAUGUGUAACUUUAACUAUGUCUUCACAGCUGCUGAUGAAUCAUUCAGAUGCCUGAAGCCAUCUUGCGACACCAAUUCAACUGACUCCUGGAUUUUAUUUCCUUCCAAUGACACAACCUGCUAUAGAUCCGACAACACAUCCUUGAGCUGCUCUUCUGACACAUUUGGCCCUAAAGUCGUACCCUGUGAAGAAAUCAUAUAUGACAAAUACGACAGUAUAGUUGCUGAGUUUGACUUGGGAUGUCAGCCAUGGAAGGCUACACUCAUCGGGACUGUGCACAACUUGGGGCUUGUCUUCUCAUUUGUACUCUCCGGAUUUAUUUCAGACAGGUAUGGACGGAAAGUGAUUAUCGUUAGUACCCCCCUAAUGGUGGGCAUCGCCGGUCUACUCAAGUCUUUCGCCAUGGACUACUGGACUCUUCUUGGUUUAGAAUUUCUAGAAACUGCCCUUGGUUAUGGCAAUGCAUCUAUGGUUUUGUCUCUAGAAGCGGUCAGCCACAAGAGCCGGGUGGUGUAUUCCUGCAUAUCGGACAUCUUAGCGUGCCUUGGAGGCGCGUUCUUUGGGCUGAUUGCAUGGAAAGUGCCAUAUUGGAGACACCUUAUGAGAGCCAUCUACGCACCACUACUUGUAGUAGUGUUUUACAUAUUUCUGAUGGACGAGGGAGUAAGAUGGCUGCUGGCCCAUAACAAGAGGGAUGAGGCUGUUCAAGUAUUGAAUAAAGUAGCGAAAAUUAAUAACAUUACUCUAUCAAAAAAUGCGCAGGAUAUGCUAUCCAGCAUUAGUGAACCAAAAACUGACCUUAAUAAGGUGGAGAAUACUGCCGAAGAAACUCCUCAUAUUUUCACUGUUCUCCGGUCAAAAACAAUUCUCUUGCGAAUGGCACUAAUCGCCGCGUGUUUCAUCUGCUGUUCGUUCGUAUUCAGUGGUGCUAUUAUCAAUUCCGUCAGCAUUUCUGGUAGCAAAUACUUGAACUUUUCGAUCAUGAUGUUAGUUCAGGUUCCGACUAGAAUAAUCACAGCUCUGACAUUGACAAGGUUCGGAAGAAAGGCGCCGAUUUGCGUCGCUUAUUGCUUCUGCGCCUUAUUUUUUAUGGCGUCGGCAUUUGUGCCUAAAUCAAUAUGGUGGGCGUCGGUAUUGUUCUAUAUUGCUGGCAAGAUGUGUAGCAGCUACGGAAUCUUCUCCGUACAAGUGGUUGCCAUGGAGAUCUUCCCCACCACCUCCCGUAACUGCCUCACCAACGUUGCUAACACUGUGGGCAGGUUGGGUUCAGUCUUAGCACCGCAGACACCGUUACUAGAAAAAGUUAUGCCUGGCCUACCGAGCAUUGUCUUCGCAUUGGCAGCACUAGGCCCAGCAUUUCUGGCACUUCUGCUGCCAGAUACAAGUCACACAGUUUUACCAGACCAAGUGGCCGAUGCUGAGAAACUAGACGCUACUAAGGCCGAGGAAGUAGCAACAGAAAGCUUUAAACAGCGGUUAUGA